AUGUCGUUCAAGACCAACUCCUCUAUAACCCAAUUCGGCGGUCAAUUGCUCAAAUUGACCCAUGAGUCAAAAGUUACCAAGACCCCAAUGAAUGUGAAUGUGUUCAUCCCACCGGCACAAACCAAAAAGACACCAGUGUUGGUCUACCUUUCGGGAUUAACGUGCACACCAGACAAUGCCACUGAGAAAUCAUUUUUCGCCUACUUUGCUGCCAAGUAUGGGUUUGCCUUAGUAUUUCCUGAUACUUCACCACGUGGCGCUAACAUCAAAGGAGAAGACGACUCUUGGGAUUUUGGAACAGGUGCCGGAUUCUAUGUUGAUGCUACACAAUCUCCCUGGUCCGAAAACUAUAGAAUGUAUAGCUAUGUUCAUGGAGAAUUACAGGAUGAGUUGGCCAAGGCGUAUCCUGAAUUGGAUUUCGAUAACGUUUCCAUCACUGGCCAUUCUAUGGGUGGAAUGGGUGCGCUCGUUGGAUUCUUGAGACAAGCUAGACCAUAUAAAUCAGUUAGUGCGUUCUCACCUAUUUCUAACCCAAGCGUGGUGCAAUGGGGAGAAAAGAAUUUUGGAAACUAUCUUGGUGAAGAAGACAAGACCAAGUGGGCACAAUAUGAUCCUACAGAAUUGAUUAAAAGCUAUAAAGGUGAUGAUAGUACAUCUAUCUUGAUCCACCAAGGAUUAAAUGAUAACUUUUACGAGAACCAAUUAAAACCAGAGAAUUUGGUUGAAGCAGGAAAAGGCUACAAGGGAGGUAUCGAUUUGAGAUUGGUGGAUGGUUAUGACCACUCAUACUUCUUUAUUAGUACAUUUGUUGAAGAACACGCCAAACACCAUGCAAAGUAUUUGGGAUUAUGA